AGACACCUCUUGCAGAAAGAGUGAAGACACGGCAGGAGUUUGGGCUCUCUGUUGUGGAAGCUCAACUUGCAGAUAGGACAUGUGUCCAUGAGCCCGAAGUUUUUUGCCAGUUUGAGUGGGAGGAUGCUCUUUCUACCUGGGAGGAGUCUUUGCGGUGGACAAAGGGCAGUAGGACAUUAACUGUGUCAACAUCUACCGUAUGGUAUAUAUAACAUGGGUCCUUGAAUAAAGACCCAAACAUCAGCAUUGGGAAAGUGACUGACACUUUGAUGAGCAUGGACCUCACAGCGGAGAAUCACUCCAUUCCGAUGAGAGAUGGAAACAGCAUACCUUUGAUAGGACUGGGAACUUAUGGGGAUCCCCAAAGGACCCCUAAAGGAACUGCAUAUGAAUCAGUCAAACUGGCGAUUGAAACAGGGUACAGACACAUUGAUGGGGCUUUGGUCUAUUUCAACGAACAUGAGGUGGGACAAGCUAUAAGGGAGAAAAUUGCAGAUGGAACUGUGACAAGAGAGGACAUAUUUUACUGUGGAAAGUUGUGGAACACAUUCCAUCCCCCAGGAAUGGUUCGUCCAGCUUUGGAGAAAACGUUGAAGACAUUACAGCUGGAUUAUGUCGACCUCUAUAUUGUAGAAAUGCCCACAGCCUUCAAGCCAGGAGAUAUAUAUUACCCCAGAGAUGAGAAUGGGAAGUACAUUUAUCAUCAAACAGACCUCUGUGCGACAUGGGAGGCUUUGGAGGCUUGCAAAGAUGCCGGGCUGAUAAAAUCUAUUGGAGUAUCCAACUUCAACAAGAGGCAACUGGACUUGAUCCUUAACAAACCUGGGCUGAAACACAAGCCUGUGUCAAACCAGGUUGAAUGCAAUCCAUAUUUCACUCAACCAAAGUUGCUUGAGUUCUGCCAGAAGAAUGAUAUCGUCAUUGUGGGAUACAGCCCUUUGGGGACAUCUAGAGAUGCAUCCUGGGUGAACCUAAAAUGCCCCCCGCUGUUGGAAGAUGAACUACUGGCAUCGAUUGCUAAAAAGUAUAACAAGACCACAGCCCAGGUGGCCUUGAGGUUCAACGUGCAGAGAGGAGUGGUGGUCAUCCCGAAAAGCUUCAACCCUGCUCGCAUUAAGGAGAACUUUCAGAUUUUCGACUUCUCGCUUUCGGAGACUGAGAUGAAGGCAAUUGAGGGAUUGAACAAGAAUAUUCGUUUUGUGGAACUUCUCAUGUGGUCUGAUCACCCAGAGUAUCCAUUUCACGAUGACUACUAGAUGUCAGAGAUGUCAAGACUUCAGCUAAAUUGGAUCAAUCCAGCUGCAACGAAAAUUAGUAUUUUGAAUUUACUUAAUUUUAAUGUGUACAUUGAUCCCACGUGAUCAUAAUGUGUCUGACAAUAAAACAUGUUUUUC